AUGACACAUUUUGAUGAAGAUAUGUAUAUUGAAUCUUUACCUGCGUAUGUACAUAAAGAUUUAAUUAAUGCAUUAAACAAAGAUGCAGCUUGGGUAACAUUAGCGAAUCAUGUAGCUGAGCAGCUCCAAUAUCCGUGUCAUAUAUGGAUACAGUCUUUGAAGGGAACAAAUGCACCAUAUGAUUCUCCAGGACAAAGAUUACUGUUCGAAUUACAUAUCAAAAUGUGUACUGUAGAAAUCCUACGUACAUUGUUAGAUGAUUGUGGCCUGCAUAAUAUUAUGUCUAUUAUAUCUGAUCCAGAACCGCUGGAAAUUGUUACACAUCCAGUGGAAGAAUUACAAACUGAUACUUUAAGCGUAUCAUUUGGACGUCACCUUCACUUAUUCUGUAAAGCAGUUGGGAUGCCACCUCCUAGUUACAUGUGGUACCAUGACAAUAUGCCAUUGCAUAAUUGUACCUCUAAUGAACUCGAUAUUGUUAUUACUAGUGCUUCCCAGGCAGGAGAAUAUAAAUGUGAGGUAUCUCAGAUUAAAUAUGAUGGAACACUUAUAGCAACUUUAACUUCGAAAGCCGUAACUGUUCCGGUAUUUCCCAUACCUGUUACAAUAGAAGAACAACCACAACCAAUUUUAGAAGUAAAAGAAGGAGAUGACUUUACCAUAUACUGUAAAGCUAACAGCUAUCCUAAGCCAUGUUAUCAAUGGUUUCAUGACAAUACUAAAUUGCAAGGGGAAACAUCUAAUGUAUUGCAUAUAAAACAAUUCAGUUCAAAACAUGAAGGAAAAUAUUAUUGUCAAGUUUAUAAUGAAGUUAGUGAAGUUUAUACUCAAAGAACCCAUAUCAUGAUGUAUCUUCCCAAAUUAAAAGCAGUUGCGAAAAUUGCUUUAAUUAUUGCAAAUGGUGACUAUGACUGCCAUGAAUGUCUUCCAACUCCUAAGAAUGAUGCUGCAUACAUUGCUAAACUUCUUGAAGAAAUAGGUUUUGAAGUGAUUUGUCUCAUGAAUUUAACUAUAACUCAAAUGAAAAAUGCAAUAAAAGUAUUUAGCAAAGCCUUACUUGAAGGUGUUUACGGUUUAUUCUACUUUGCUGGCCAUGGUUUCAAAAUGCAAGAGAGUUAUAUGCUUGCAAUAGAUGCUCCAAAAGUGUAUUUGAGGAAAGAUGCAAUAUGUGAAAGUGAAUUGUUGGCAGCAUUCCUUCAAAAUGAUCCUGAACUAAUGAUUAUUAUCCUAGACAUGUGUCAAACGUUACCUUCAAAGGAAUUUAAUUCUAACAUUUAUAAUGAAGUGCCAAUCGUAACUGAAUAUAAAAGUAAGAAAAAUCUUCGAAAUUUAAUCCAAGCAUAUUCAACAUCUGGUCACCGACCUAGUUAUGAAAGACUAAAUAGUAAAUAUGGUUUGUACACGACACAUCUCAGUAAAUAUAUAAACAAGGAUAUACCAGUUACAAAAUUGUUUGAAGAAGUAGGAAAGUCCAUUGACAGUUGCUUCAAAGGACAGGAACGCAAUCAAAUUCCAAUGUUUGCAUUGUCAAUCACAAAACCAUUUCGUCUAACUGAUGCUAUUCAUAAAAGAGAUCUUCCAGCAGCUAUUAACUAUUUCAAUAAACUUACAUUACUUUCGACAGUAACAUUAGAUAUUACUUUUAAACAAGCAAAUAUCUGUACCAAAGUUACUAUAUCAACAUUCAUGGAACCUUAUUUAAAUGUGAUAAAAAUUAAGUUAUUCAAUCUACAAGAUUUAGAAAUCAACUUCUUUAAUUCUGUUCCUGCAAAACGAAAUAAUUUAUAUCAAGAUCAAAACAAGAAUGAAUGUUGGAUUCACAAUCCUCAAGUCAAUGAGGGACCACUAGUUAUCUCUGUAUCUAAACAUGGAACACCUGUAGGCGCAACAAUAUUACACAUAAAAGAUUACAUACCUCCUUUACUGAAACUUAUAGGUUCUUGAGUAUAUAUAUUUAUUUUUUUGGUAUGUAGUUAGAAAAUAG